ACCGCAGGAGACAUGGCAACUGUAGGCACCCCAGUUAUCUCUCUCCCACGUCAUCCCACCACUCCCUCCCCAACCGUCAAUAACGACCUUCGCUUCCCAACCCAACCGCUUCUCCCACUGAUAGACCAAUGCACCACCAUCAACCAGCUCAAGCAAGUCCAUGCCCAAAUGCUCAAAACAGCCCUAUUCUUCGACCCUUAUUCCGCUAGUAAGCUCAUCACAGCUGCUGCUCUCUCCUCCUUCUCGAGCCUCGACUAUGCACGCCAAGUGUUCGACGAAAUUCCUGACCCAAAUCUGUUCACUUGGAACGCCCUCAUUCGCGCGUACGCCUCCAGCCCCGACCCAGUUGAAAGCAUUCUCGUAUUUCUGCAGAUGCUUGACGAGUGUGACGAGUGCCCCAAUAAGUUCACUUUCCCUUUUCUGCUCAAGGCGGCGUCGGAGCUCCGGGCUUCCAAGGUUGGGAGAGGUUUUCAUGCCAUGGUGAUAAAAGCCGAGCUGGGUUCGGAUGUUUACAUUGUUAAUUCGCUCAUUCACUUUUAUGGGUCGUGCGGGGAUUUGGAUUUGGCGCGUUUGGUGUUUUUGAAGACUUAUAAGAAGGAUGUUGUUACUUGGAAUUCUGUUAUCACGGCUUUCGCUCAGGGGAACUGUCCCGAGGUGGCGUUGGAGUUGUUUAAGGAAAUGGAGGCGGAGAAUAUGAAGCCGAAUGAUGUCACCAUGGUUAGUGUCUUGUCAGCUUGCGCAAAGAAGGCGGAUUUGGAGUUUGGAAGGUGGGUUUGUUUGAAUGUUGAAAGGCAUGGAGUUGAAGAGAACUUGACUUUGAAUAAUGCUAUGCUGGAUAUGUAUGUGAAAUGCGGGAGUGUUGAAGAUGCGGAGAGAUUGUUUGGUAGGAUGCCGGAGAAGGACGUUGUGUCGUGGACUACUAUGCUUGAUGGGUAUGCUCGGAUGGGGAAAUAUGAUGAGGCUAGGCGUGUUUUUGCUGCCAUGCCUAGUCAGGAUAUUGCUGCGUGGAAUGUGCUCAUUUCGUCUUAUGAACAGAAUGGUAGGCCGAAAGAGGCUUUAGCUGUCUUCCAUGAGUUGCAGAAGAACAAGGGUCCCAAGCCUGAUGAGGUUACUCUAGUUAGUACUCUGGCAGCGUGUGCUCAAUUGGGAGCGAUUGAUCUUGGCGGCUGGAUACAUGUUUACGUAAAGAAGCAGGGAAUGAAGUUGAAUUGUCACCUCACAACCUCGCUUAUCGACAUGUAUGCAAAAUGCGGAAAUCUAGAGAAGGCACUUGAGGUUUUUAAUUCGGUGGAGAUAAGAGACGUAUUUGUCUGGAGCGCCAUGAUUGCUGCUUUGGCAAUGCAUGGUCAGGGGAGGGAUGCAUUGCACUUUUUCUCAAAAAUGCUAGAAGCUGAGGUGAAGCCAAAUGCUGUGACAUUUACUAACAUAUUAUGCGCAUGUAGCCACGCAGGAUUGGUGGAUGAGGGAAGAAUAUUUUUCUAUCAAAUGGAGCGAGUUUAUGGAGUUGUGCCUGGAAUAAAGCACUAUGCGUGCAUGGUUGACAUUCUUGGUCGUUCAGGUAAUCUGGAGGAAGCUGCAGAACUGAUAGAGAAAAUGCCAAUUUCUCCCACUCCUUCUGUAUGGGGGGCUCUGCUUGGGGCAUGUACGCGCCAUGGGAAUGUUGCACUUGCUGAAAAGGCUUGUAGCCAUUUGCUCGACUUGGAUCCCAGAAAUCAUGGAGCCUAUGUACUCUUAUCAAAUAUAUAUGCCAAAACAGGGAAAUGGGAAGCAGUUUCUGGGUUAAGGAAGCUCAUGCGAGAUUCUGGAAUAAAGAAAGAACCUGGCUGUAGCUCAAUCGAAAUCAACGGUAGUGUUCAUGAGUUUCUAGUUGGUGAUAAUUCUCAUCCUUUAGCCAAAGAUAUCUACUCAAAGUUGGAUGAGAUAGCUGGGAGAUUGAAGUCAAUCGGAUAUGUGCCAAACAAGUCACACCUACUGCAAUUUGUUGAGGAAGAGGACAUGAAGGAACAGGCCCUAAUUCUCCAUAGUGAGAAACUAGCGAUUGCCUUUGGACUUAUUAGCUCCAAGCCAUCUCAACCAAUUCGCGUUGUGAAGAAUCUUCGUGUUUGUGGAGACUGCCACUCAGUUGCUAAGCUUAUAUCUAAGCUUUAUAAUAGGGAGAUUUUUCUGAGAGAUCGAUAUCGGUUUCAUCAUUUUAGAGAGGGGCAUUGCUCAUGUAAUGAUUACUGGUGAAAAUGGAAAGCUUUUGCUGCUCGCUCCUACAAAAACAUUAGAUAAAUGUUCAUCUUUUGUAUACACAUGUUCUGUUAUGAUGUGGAAUCUGUUGAGUCGAACUUGCCGAGAAUGGAAGAUAACUAGUUAACCUUCGUUUAUUUUCUCAACGAAUGUUUAUUUGGAAUAUUGCUGAAAUUUUUAUCUUCUAUUAUUAUCUGUUUUUCUUUUUC